GUUUUCAAAGGUUGCAGAAUGUUUAGAAAGUAGAAAAUUUCCAUCACAUUCCGUAACAUCAGCAUUUGCUCACGAAUUGUUGUUAAAUGCUAGUAUUUGCUGUCUGAUUUACAGUGUACAUUAGUUCAUGUUUUCACGGGAGCGUUUCAUGUUUCACUGGUCUUUAACCUUUGCUCUAGAGCUAAAGACUCAUCCCUUUGUGAGGCAUGGCUAAUCUCACAUGCUGGACUUCAACCUGUGUGUAUGAGAGUUAUGUUGUGUGGAAACAGAUAUUUCAUUGUUUCCUGACCUACUCAGAACGUGGACUCAAGUCAAACUGCUGGAUUUUGAUCUUAUCAGAAGCAGGAAAUGUCCACCAUUUCAAUCUCUGCAACCCUGGCAGGGCUCUGCUUGCUGCUGCUCAGUCCAACUAUCUGUAGCAGCAGCAAAAUUCUGGUAGUGCCUCUAGAUGGCAGCCACUGGCUCAACAUGGAGGUGAUCCUCAAGGAGCUGCACUCCAGGGGCCACGACAUCACAGUGCUACGUUCUCCACAGAGCUGGUACAUUCCCAAGAACUCUUCCAUUUAUACUUCUAUCGAUGUACUCAUGCUGGAAGAGCGAGACAGGGACUACUACAAUAAACUGGUACAAGACACUAUGCAGUGUCGCAGGUACCCCACAUUUAUACGCAGUUUCUGCAAUCGGCAUGUGAUCACAUCCAUGUUUACUCAGGGCCAUGAUGUCCUGGCCAGAUCGGCUGCUUCAAUGUUUGAUAACACGGUUUUUAUGAAGAAGCUGCAGGACGCCAAGUUUGACUUGAUGUUAACAGACCCUGGUCUGACCACAGGGGUUCUUCUUGGUGGCUACCUCAAGCUGCCGAUGGUUUUCAAUGCACGCUGGAUUAAUUCAGGGGAUGGCCAUUUUACCAUAGCCCCUUCUCCUGUCUCCUAUGUCCCCGUGUCAGUAAGUGAACUUACUGAUCAGAUGGAUUUUGUGGAAAGGACCAAGAAUAUGCUACAUUAUAUACAAGCUGUUGUUGAACAAUACUUCAUCAUCAACCCUUCCUACUCAGAGCUGUUCAAGCGGCACUUCCCUCCUGGAACUGACUUGCUGUCCUUGCAGCAUUCAGCUGAUAUCUGGCUGCUGAGGGCAGAUUUUGUCUUUGAGUUCCCUCGGCCCACCAUGCCUAAUGUGGUGUACAUAGGAGGGUUCCAGUGCAAAGAGGCCAAACCCCUCCCUGCUGAUCUGGAAGCAUUCGUGCAGAGCUCUGGGGAACACGGGGUAGUGAUCAUGUCUGUGGGGACGUUGGUGUCAGCUUUGUCUGAAGAAGUCACGGAGGCCAUCGCUGCUGCUUUCGCUCAACUCCCUCAGAAAGUGAUUUGGAGGUUUGAGGGUGAAAAACCUUCAUCUCUGGGUAACAACACCUUGGUGGUGAAGUGGCUGCCUCAGAAAGAUCUCCUGGGACACCCCAAGACUCGUGCCUUUGUAGCCCACGGAGGCACCAAUGGCGUAUAUGAGGCCAUCUACCACGGCGUUCCCGUUCUGGGCCUGCCCCUCUUCUUUGAUCAGUUUGACAAUCUAUUCCGGUUAAAGGCGCGUGGUGCAGCUCAGAUGGUGGAGCCCCAAUCUCUGACCAAAGAGAACUUCCUGGAGGCUCUAACGGACGUCAUUGAGACUCCCUCUUACCGUGAAAACAUAAAGCGUCUCUCCAAGCUACACCGCGAUAGACCCGUAUCUCCUAUGGACACCGCCAUCUUCUGGAUUGAGUACGUCAUCAGAAACAAAGGAGCAGCCCACCUGAAGUCUGCAGGAUUCAGUUUGCCUUGGUAUUCCUACUUCUGCCUGGAUGUGGUUGCUUUUAUCUUGGCACUAACUGGCACCUUCAUCUGGGCUUUUGUGUUUAUGUGUAGGAUUCUCUGCUGCCGGAGGUCCAGAAGAAAGACAAAAGCAGAGUAAAUGAUCCAAACAUAAGUCAGUCUCAAAUAACUUUUUCGAGAAAAUAAUGGUCAGUCAAUCAUAGAAAUCAUAGAAAUGUUUUUUUUUUUAGUUUUUUUUUACCAGAAAUAAAAAAGAUGUAGCUAGAGGACGUUAAAUCAUGCCUUACACCCAAGAAGAUUUGUCAGUUUUGAGAAAUUCUUUCACCUAAUCCAAACCCUGACCAUACACACUUUCUGUUUUGACAUCACACAACUUUCUUCAAACCUUUAACAUGUUCUGCUCUUUUCGUACUCAAAUAAACAAUAAAACAGCU